ACUGUUAACCUAUUCAACAUUAGGGAGGAUAUUAUACAUAUUUUACAUAAGAAGAGUUAAGAUACUGUUCAACCAUUUACAUCAUAUAACUGAUAACAAGGAAGGAUUAUACCAUACUGUUAACCUAUUCAACAUUAGGGAGGAUAUUAUACAUAUUUUACAUAAACAGAAUGAAGAGGGCAUCAGAGCCAGCAAUCCGAUGUACAGAGAGACAAUAUGCUAUUCAAAAAGUAAACAAGAAGAAUAGUGUUAUUCACUUCUUCCAAACACAGGAAACUCUUGUAGCUGCAACUUCACAGCUUGUUCCUUCAACAAAAGGGGAAGCUUUGUUCAACGUAGGCACUGAGGUGACGCACAAAAGAUUCAAAGGCAUUCCAGCAAGAAUUGUAUUCAUGUCAAAUGAUGUGUCCCUCUGCAAUAACUAUGAUACACAGUUCAGAACAGAUAUAUAUGAAAAGGAGUCUGGUAGGGAAAAGAGCUGUGCACCAGUGGAGACAGAAUGCUCAAGUGACUCAGAGAGUGAGCAUGAUGAUGUCUUUGAUUCAGAUAUAGCAUAUGAAGCACCCAAGGCAAAGAAACCUAGGAAACUAGCAUCCAAGAAAGCAGCACCAAAGGAAAAAACAACCAAGAAAGUACCUGAAUCUAAGAAACAACAGGCAUCCAAGCAAGACAAAACUAAAGGUGCCAAGGCGAUUCAGAGAGAGGCAAAGAGAAAACAGAUGGAGCAGCUAUUUUCAUCUCAAACAAGAGGACCCACUGCCGCUCCAACUGAAAGGCUCACUGUUGCUCUGAAUGAAGGACCAACCGUCGCUCCUACAGAAGGACCAACUGUCACUCC